AGAAAAAUGAGACCCUCCAUAACUAAUCCCCGAUUAAAUUACAGUGAAGAAGGAUAUUACACACAUCUAUUUACCUCUUAAACCGUCGCUUCCUCUCUUUGUCACUUUCAUCAACCUCCUCAUUUCACUCCUCUCUCUCUCUCUCUCUCUCUCUCGAAACCUUUCGGCUUCAUCUUUUAUUGUUUAAAGCGAAAGCAUGACCAGCUCCUCCGCUGCCGCUCGCAAGACACUGAGUAAGAUCGCUUGCAAUCGGCUCCAGAAAGAGCUUGUAGAGUGGCAGGUCAACCCUCCCGCUGGUUUCAAACACAAGGUCACUGAUAAUCUCCAGCGGUGGGUGAUUGAAGUAAAUGGAGCUCCAGGGACACUCUAUGCUAAUGAAACUUACCAACUUCAGGUCGAUUUUCCUGAGCAUUACCCUAUGGAAGCCCCACAGGUUAUAUUUCUUCAUCCAGCUCCAUUGCAUCCGCAUAUUUAUAGCAAUGGUCAUAUUUGUUUAGGUAAAUCACAUGUUAUCUUUCGCCCUGUCUAUCUAAGCUUAUUUGAGGAUUGUUAUCAUAACCCGGUUUUUUGGAACUUUGCCACUAGAUACUUGAUAAUUAUGUUUUUGUGUCAUGGUAUUAUCUCUUUAUCUUAUUGAUUGUUGUUCAUUCAUAUUUGGAAGUGGUGACCUUGCCCCUGGAUCUUUCUGGCUACCAAUCAUUGGCUCUAAUUUUCCAUCUAGUCUCUUAAGAAAUUUCUUUUUCAAUACGGGAAUGGGACACUCUUGGUCUUCACGAUUGCAUAAUUUUUCACCUUGUUCUCUUGUCCUCCUUAAUAUAUCAUGUCCAUGUCACUUAAUCCAGAUUUGGAGGACAUGGAAAUAGAUUAAGGUCAAACUUUAACCUUUUAAUUUUCUUGGCUGGUAGAUAAAUAAGAAGUUAUGCAAAUAACUAGCAAAACAAUUUUUCUGUGGCUUUGAUCCACUUGUGGAAAAAUUCUCUUAUUUGGUUUUUCAUGAUCUUUAAUUGAUAGGCAAGCUGAUUGACUGGAUCCUGAAGUGGCCAACAAAUCAUGGAUAACUAAAUGCUUAGGAAA